CAAGAUGGUGCCAGAUGGCCAAAGAAGUGCGUCUUGGCGUUGAAGCGUGAAUAAACUUGGUACAGUACAUUUAAAUUGAUUACAGUUUUUAGCAUAAAAUGUUUAAAUAGUGCAACCACCCCCCGCUUCCCCGGAAAAAAUGAAAUCAAACUUUAAAAAAAAAACAGGUGCCAUGUACAAAAAACGCGGGGGGGAAAAAACCCACCGGAAGUUAUGACAACAACGCACAGUAACUACUAUUAACGCUUACUCAGAGCGCUUACUGAAUUGUAAUACGAUUUUAUUUUGAAGUGAUAGAUCACCAAACCGGAAGCACGCACGCAUAGGUGUCUAGCUUUCCGUUUUUAGAGCCGCCAUCCUCUCGUGGAGCUUUAGUGCACGCAGACACCCCACCAAACCAGCGGCAUCUCCGCCACUUAGAAAUUGAACAAGUUUGUUUCAGGGCGUAGUAACAUUCACAGGUACUGGUCAACGCGUCACGUGGCUUUUGUUGUUCUUUUGCCGGCGUUGGGUGGAAGUAGGAAGGCUUAAAUGACAAGAGGCGCGCAGUAACAUCCACCCAGGACGCGCGAUGGAGGGCAAAGGACCACUCCGGUGUAAGAUCGUGGUGGUCGGGGACACGCAGUGUGGAAAAACUGCUCUCCUGCACGUUUUUGCCAAAGACUCGUACCCAGAGAAUUACGUUCCAACGGUGUUUGAGAACUACACGGCCAGUUUUGAAAUCGACAAGCAGCGCAUUGAGCUCAACAUGUGGGACACAUCAGGUUCAGCUUACUACGACAACGUACGGCCAUUAGCUUAUCCCGACUCGGAUGCCGUCCUCAUCUGCUUCGACGUCAGUCGUCCAGAGACGUUAGACAGUGUGGUCAAAAAGUGGCAAGGAGAGACGCAAGAGUUCUGUCCCAAAGCCAAAGUGGUGCUGGUGGGCUGCAAGUUGGAUUUGAGGACAGAUGUCAACGUCAUGCGGGAGCUUUCCAAACACAGACUAAUUCCAGUCACCCAUGAACAGGGUACUCAUCUGGCGAGACAGAUCGGCGCCGUGGCCUACGCCGAGUGCACCUCCAAGUAUUCGGAAAACACCGUCCGUGAUGUGUUCCACGUUACCACGCUGGCGUCAGUAACGCGCGCCCCACGGCCCGCGCUCAAGCGUGCCACCUCUAGGCGGGGGCUCAAGCGGGUCUCGCAGCAGCCACCUCGGACUGACAUUCACGAGCACCCGCCCGCUAUCAGGAAAGAGCGCGCCAAGAGCUGCACGCUCAUGUGAGCUGCAUGCCAACUUAAUUUAUUGUGUCUCGAGUCUUUGCACUGCUUUUGAAAAAAGGACGAUGUGAGGUAAACCAUAAAGUGUAGGAUUUUCAUUCUUUUUUUGGUGAAACCUUCGAUCCAUAACUUAGCACAACAGCGAUAAACAACCCGGACACACAGAAAGUGAAGCAUCAAUUACAUAAAACCACAAGUGCUUUGAUUAUUAACAUUGACGACCACAUAUUAAUGUUGCUGUAUUUAUACUGUUGUAACACUGGGAAGGUGACUCACAAUGGGAGGGGAGGAAGGUAGCUGUCAUAUUAUUAUUUGUGGCAAAGAAAUAAAAAAACUUACACCGGUGAUUGUCAAAAAGCCUUUU